AUGAAGCAACCUACAAUGAGAGUUUCUACCAGGGAAAAAGGUGUGCUAAAGUUGGUGCAUCCAGGUGGGUAUGUGGAGAUUCACAAAGAACCCAUAACUGCAGCUGAAGUCAUGAGAAAGAACCCGAGGCAUUGUGUUGCACGGCCUGACGUGUUUAAGUUUCCAUGGAUUGUGGUUCGACCUGAGUCUGUUUUGAUUCCAGGGAAAGUGUUCUACAUUGUUCCUAAUCGCACAAUCCAUCAUUUGUUAAAGGCCAGAGGGCAGUGUAACCAACCUUCUUCACAACCGGACCAAUCUCCAAAGAAUCAGGACCAUCAUCGCGCUCCCAAAAGAAGUUCACUUUGCAAUUCAGGGGCUGGGAUGACACCCAAGCACCAUUACCAUGAGCAACGCCUUCAGAGACAAUUUCAAUGUAUGCCUCAGGAUGGGACAAGUUCACAGGAAGAAGACUCCAAUGGGAUUCUCGCUAAAAAAUUCUUCAUCAAGUCACGUCCUGAGCCAAUCAUUAAGACCAGAAACACCCACCAAGAAUUUGAUAAUAAAUAUCAAGUCGAUUCAUCAGCUUACAUUAGACCUCCUCAUUCUAAGGAAUAUCAUUUCAAUGGAAAUGAAAUUGGUUCGGUAUUGCCUAAAACCAAGCUUGGUAAUCUACAGUACAAAAGAUGUAAAAAAGUAAUUAACUUGAAAUCUUGUCAGAGGAAGCAAGACAGUGUUCGUAAAUCACUUUAUCUUAGGGUAACUUUUUCUUUGUCAAUUAAAAGUGCAAGUAGUCAAAGAGAUCUCCAACAGGAUGCGUGA